UGUGCAAAUUUUGCGAAUUGUGCAGAGAACAUUGUUUUGAGCAAAACUUGUUUGAAUUACCCAGAAUGGCAAAACCCCUGGUCUAUCACCUCAACAAUGAGCUCUUUGACAUCUUUCAGCAGGAGAUCAAGGAGCUGCACCAAGAUGUUGCGGCCAUUACGAUGGAGAAACUCAACACUGAAUGUUACUAUGAAGACAUUGUCUCAGAAGAGAGGAAGGAGAAGCAGGCCUUGCUUCUGGAAAUUCAGGAGCUUAAGGAGAAGUUGGAGAAAGCUGAAUCCAAGAACCAAGGCCAGGUGGGCAGAGAUGAGACAACGUGCUGCCCCACAAUACAGGAACUCCAACAAGAAAUGAAGGAGAUGGAAAAGAAACACUGUGAGGAAAUUGAGAUGCUCACCAUUGAGUUUGAAAUUGAUGUCGCUGCGGCUCAGAAAGAGGUAAAGAAGCUCCAGAAAAAGCUGAAGAACGAAAGAAAUCUUGGUGCAAAAAGUAAUUCAGCAAAAAGGGAAGCCAUCAAUAUUCUCCUAAAAUUCCCUGACCACUGUGAAGGAUUGAAGAACGUCUCCACUGGAAAGUCAACAGAAAUCAUAGUUCGAGAUGAGGACAUUCCUUAUCUUGAUGUCCAACAGCUUCAAGAAAUGCUCCAGAGAGAAAGAAAGCUGAGAAUGGAGGCAGAAAAUGAAAAUCUGGAUCAAUUCAAAAUUGCUGAGGCUUUCUUUGACAUGAUGGAGCAAGAACUGAAAACCGAAAGAGAACGCAGAGCCCAAAUUGAGGCAGACAAAGAGGAAGCUGUGGAGAUAGCAGAGCAACUAAUUAAAAAGCUUGAGGACGUGGAGAAAACGUCCAAAGAGGGUCCCGAUGAGACCACUUCAGAUGAGAGGGACAAAACUCAACUGGAGCUCCAACAGCUGGAGAAAAUGCUUCAAGAAGAGAAAACCCAACGGGCCCAGGCAGAAAAUUUAUUAGAACUACUGGAGCAAGAAGUGAAAUCAGAACUAGAACGUAGAGCCCAAAUUGAAACAGACAAAGAGGAAGCUGUGGAAAUCGCAGAGCAACUAAUUAAAAAGCUUGAGGAAGUGGAGAAAACAUCCAAGGAGGUUCCAUCUCAGACUGCUUUGGUUGACAAAAUUCAACUGGAGCUCCAACAGCUGGAGAAAAUGCUCCAAGAAGAGAAAAGCCAGCGGGUCCAGGCAGAGAAUUUAUUAGAAAUACUGGAGGAAGAAGUGAAAACAGAACAAGAACAUAGAGCCCAAAUUGAGGCAGAAAAAGAGGGAGCUGUGGAAAUCGCAGCACAAUUAAUUAAAAAGCUUGAGAACGUGGAGAAAACGUCGGAGACAGCUUUGGACGAUCGGAAUAAAUUUGAAAUGGAGCUACAACAGCUAGAGAAAAUGCUCAAAGAAGAGAAACGUCUAAGGCUCCAAGGAGAGACUGAAAAUGCUUCUCUCUUGAAGACUGUAGAGUCUCUUCGGCAGGAAACGGACAAAGAGCUGCAGAAAGAAAGGGCUCUAAGAGAAGAGGCAGAAAGAGGUAAGUUGGAGUUGGAACAGGUAAGUGAUAAUCUUUACCAGGGUUUAGAGAAAGCCUGUAAGAUGACAGAGACGCUCUCGGCUGAGGCCGAACUCCUUUCCAACAAGCUUCAGGCAGAGGACAAGAAAGGAAGAUCUCUGCUCAAAGACAUCCAGGAACUCACCCUCAUACUGGAAAAGGAAAAAGCCCUUAGAAUCGAGGCAGAGAACUAUGAGAUGGAGGCCAUGGAGAUGCUAGAGGCUUUCCAGAAGGAAGCAGAAUGCUGAACCUGGCGGAAGAAAAACCUGAAAAAGAAACACCAUCUCAUCAAAGUUCACCCUCUUUAAAGUUAUGCGAAUAGCUCUUUGUUGUUAUUAUCUUAUAAGUAUUAAAUCCAGCAAUUAUUUUAGAUUAUUAGCAUUUUAAUUCAGAUAAAGAUUACUCUGUUAGGCUAAAAAACAAAAAACAACAACAAAAGAGGAAAAUAAUUUCUUGUUUUUGUAUUUGAUCUCUAUGAAGUCUAUGGCGUUCGACUGUGUCCCUAGGGUCUUAUGGGGGGUUCUCCGGGAGUAUGGGGUACCGGGCCCUUUGCUACGGGCUGUCAGGUCCCUGUAUGACCGGU